AUGUCCAGUGAUAAUACUUACUAUCCAAUCAAGAUUGAAAAAGCCUCGCACGAUCCAACACUUUUGCUCAAUCAUACAUGCUUGAGAGUUAAGGAUCCAGCAAGGACCGUUGAGUUCUACACCAAGUAUUUCGGUAUGAAGCUAUUGAGCAGAAAGGAUUUUCAAGAAGCGGAAUUCAGCUUAUAUUUCCUGAGCUUUCCAAGGGAUAACAUAUCCAAAAACAGGGACGGCGAACCUGACGUUUUCAGCGUAGAGGGUAUUUUAGAAUUAACCCACAAUUGGGGUACUGAAAAAGAUUCAGACUUCAAGAUCAACAGCGGGAAUGAAGAGCCGUAUCGUGGAUUUGGGCAUAUCUGUUUUUCUGUGUCCGAUAUCAAUAAAACUUGUGAGGAAUUAGAGUCUCAAGAUGUCAAAUUUAAGAAGAGACUUUCUGAUGGAAGACAAAAAGAUAUCGCCUUUGCAUUGGAUCCUGAUGGAUACUGGAUUGAGUUGAUCACGUAUUCCAGAGAAGGACAAGAAUAUCCAAAACGCCCUGUUGGUAACAAGUUCAACCAUACUAUGGUUCGUGUUAAGAAUCCAAAUAGAUCUUUGGAAUUUUACCAAAAUGUGUUAGGCAUGAAAUUAUUAAGAACUAGUGAGCAUGAAAACGCUAAGUUCACAUUAUAUUUCCUCGGUUAUGGCGUUCCAAAAGGAAAUAGCGUCUUCUCAUGUGAAGGUGUACUGGAAUUAACUCACAAUUGGGGAACAGAGGAUGAUCCAAAUUUCGAGUACCACAACGGUAAUUCUGAGCCACAAGGUUAUGGUCACAUUUGCAUAAGUUGCGAUGAUGCCGGCGCCCUUUGUAAAGAGAUCGAAACUAAAUACGGUGAUAAGAUCCAAUGGUCUCCUAAAUUUAGCCAGGGUAAAAUGAAGAACAUUGCAUUCUUGAAAGAUCCUGAUGGAUAUUCCAUUGAAGUUGUUCCACAUGGUUUGGUUGUCUGA